AUGUCAACAAGGACGUGCAAAAUCUCCCUCAAAGGCAGCGCAUUGCUCAAUGACCCCCAGUGGAAUAAGGGAUCCGCAUUCACUGACGAGGAGCGGCGAAUGUUCAAUCUUCGUGGGCGGCUGCCUUGCAGGGUCAACACGCUAGAGGAGCAGAUUGAACGCGCCUACGCUCAGCUGAACCAGCGCGAGUCUGCAAUCAGAAAGAACUCUUUUCUUGAGAGUCUCAAGACGCAAAAUUGGGUCCUAUACUUUGCCCUCUUGCAAAAGUACCUCAAGGAGCUCAUGCCCAUUGUCUAUACUCCCACAGAGGCUGAAGCCAUCGCCAACUAUUCCCACCUCUUUCGACGUAGUGAAGGUCUCUACCUAAGCUUCCCAAAUGCCGACACUAUGGAGGAGGACUUCCUAGAUCAGAUCAGAGGUCGGAAUAUCGAUCUGGUCGUCGUUUCCGACGCCGAAGCGAUUCUGGGUAUCGGAGAUCAAGGCUGUGGAGGCAUUGGCAUUUCAACCGCAAAGGCAGUCAUUUACACUUUGGUUGGAGGGGUUGAUCCCGCACGCUCUCUCCCAGUAGCUCUGGACGUCGGUACGGACAAUGAACAACUUCUCAACGAUCCCCUCUAUAUUGGCUGGAGGAAUAAGCGAAUCCGCGGCAGAGAGUACGAUGAGUUUGUAGACAAGUUUGUCCAGCUCGUACGCAAAUACCUACCAGAUGGUAUACUUCACUUUGAGGACUUUGGUGUGACCAAUGCGCAAAGGCUGCUGGAUCUGUAUCGCGACGAGUACUCUGUCUUUAACGACGAUGUACAAGGCACGGGAGCUGUGACCCUUGCCGCUCUCAUGUCGGCAGUCGGAAUUACAAAGACCAAGUUGAGCGAUCAGACUAUCGUAGUUUACGGUGCUGGAUCAGCAGGAUUAGGAAUCGCAAGACAAGUUCGUGACGCAAUGGUCAUUCUCGACGGUUUGGACAAAGAGGAGGCGACGAAGCGCUUUCACCUGGUCGACAAAGAUGGCCUGGUUACUGUAUCCAUAGUCAGCCAGACCAAUCAUGCCGGUUGGGCCGAAUUUCAGCGGAGCGAUGAGGAAGGCCAGAACGGCGCAAGUCUACUCGAUGUUGUGAAGCAUUCCAAAGCUACCGUUCUCAUUGGAACUUCGACACACGCUGGAGGGUUUACUGAAGAGGUUGUAAGAGAGAUGGCAAAGAACAACAAGCAUCCCAUCAUUCUCCCGCUUUCCAAUCCCUCAAGACUGGUCGAAGCAGAGCCAAAGGACAUUAUCAAGUGGUCCGACGGAAGGGCACUCAUUGCAACAGGCAGUCCUUUCGACGCUUGUGAUUUGCCCAACGGUGGCAAGGCAAUAAUCGCAGAAUGCAACAAUGCUCUCAUUUACCCAGGCAUUGGCAUGGGCUCUAUCUUAUCCAGGUCUAAGAAAGUCUCAGAUGGGAUGCUCAUCGCGGCGACAAGGAAGCUAGCCGAGCUCUCUCCGGCACUCAAAUCUCAGCAAGGGGCCUCUGGAAAUAAAGGAGAAAUCAAGGACGCUGAAGGUGAUCUUCCACCUCUGCUACCUGAUUUUGCAGACGCUCCGGAUACAAACUUCGAGGUCGCCGUUGCAGUGGCACAAUGUGCGAUCGAUGAGGGUCUUGCCAGGAUCGACUUUCCAGUCGAAGAGCUGCGUGCCAAAGCACAAGAGGCGCAUUGGAGACCCGUGUACCCGCUCUAUGAGUUUGAUCCCAAAGGCUACGGUGAGCCUUAG